AUUAUUUCCAGCAUUUUACUGCGUGCGUACAGAUUACAAUUCGAUUCGGAAAUAUUCUAGAAUAUAAAAAAAGCAGAGAAAAACAGAAAUAUGGCUGCACCAAUGCAAAACGAAGACCUAACUAAGCUAAAGAGCUUUAUUGAUUUCGUAAAUGCAAAUCCCACGGUGCUUAAUAUGCCGCAAUUGCAAUUUGUUAAAGAUUUUAUUGAAAAGUUCGGCGGCAAGAUACCCGAUGGAGACUUUAAAAUGCCUGAAUCAGGAAAAUGUCCAUUUGGCGGCGAUGCCGGCGCCAAGGCAACCCCGACAGAGUCCACCCCUACCAGCGCCUCUGCCGCAGAUGACAGCGAUUCUUCUGACGAUGAUGAUAUUGAUUCAGAGCCCGAGUCGGACAUUGAAUUGGAUAUGGAAGGCGUCAUUAAGCCAGACAAUAAUCCACCACAACCUAUGGGCGAUGACAGCAAAACGCCUACAGAGCAAGAGCAGGAUGAGGCUGGAGAGCUGCGUGGUCAGGCUGCUGCCGCUUAUGGCGAACAAAAGUUCGAGGAAGCCAUUGCAUUCUAUACUAAAGCCAUAGAACUAAAUCCAGGCAAUGCAUUGUUCCAUGCCAAGCGUGGUCAGGCUUUCUUAAAGCUAAAACAGCCCAAUGCUUGCAUUCGGGACUGCAACAAGGCGCUGGAGUUGAACUGCGACUCGGCUGCAUCCUACAAGUUUCGUGGACGCGCUCAUCGUUUGCUGGGACAGUUCGAGGAGGCGGCCAAGGACUUGCGACAGGCCUGCAAGCUCGACUUCGAUGAGGAGACGGAUGAAUGGUUGCGCGAAGUGACACCAAAUGCGAAGAAAAUUGAGCAGCAUCGCAUAAAGCAGGAGCGCAAGCAGGCUGAGCGCAAGAUCAAGGAGCGUCAGCGUGCCCAAGCUAAGGCACGCAAGGAGCAGGCCAAACAGAGCUCUGCUGGAGCAGGAUUUCCAGGUGCUGGUGGCAUGCCUGGUGGUUUCCCAGGUGGCAUGCCUGGCGGUUUCCCUGGUAUGCCCGGAGGCUUCGAUAUGGGCGAUCUCAUGUCCAAAAUGAAGGAUCCUGAAGUGGCUGCCGCCAUGCAAGAUAUACUCGCCAAUCCGGCUAAUAUUUCGAAAUAUAUGUCCAAUCCGAAAAUCUUUAAUUUGCUGAAGAACUUCUUCCCAGGCGGUAUGCCAGGUGGCAUGCCAGGUGGUAUGCCAGGAGGUUUUCCAGCAGGCGCUGCUGAUGCAGCCGAUGGCGAUGAUACAAGCAGCGAUGCCAAGUCGGCCAACAGCAGCGCACCCAAUGCCAAAAAGACAUCAUCCGACUUUGUGGAUGAUGGACUGGACUAAACGGUUAAUAGUAAGAGAUGAGCGCGAGAGAGACAGCAGCAACUCAACAUCGAUCUACGCUAACAACACACAACGUUCGAUAACAUACAAAUUUUUAAAACUCAAUUCCAAAGUUUAGUUUUCAUAAAAUUUGCAGUUGUUUUGCUGCUGUGUUUCAAAAUUCACAGCACUUGAAAUCAUUUUGCCAUAAAUAAGAAGCAAAACGAAAGAAGAAGUAACAUGUUUCCUUAAAAUAUUAACAUACAUUACACACACCCAAACAUAAACUUACUAACAAAUUGAUCGAUAAUUAGUAGAACUAAACUUCGAAGAAAGAAAUAAAUAUGCAACUAAACAUACAAACAACAACCACACAAUUAAUUAGCCUUAAUACAAUAAUGUAUGCGCAGCAAAAUUAAGAUAAAAUGCAAUUGGAAUUGUACGGACGAUAGUUUUUGAUUUCGUUUAAGUAUCAAAUAAGCAAAUGCAUUUAAAAAAAACACACACAUAAAUACAUACAUAAUGCUCAUGUCAAGCACAUACAUACAUGCAUACACACACAUACAAAGAAAAUAUGAUAAUAAAUCAAUGCGAA